CGGAGGGAGGGGAGCGCGCGUGCGCGCGCCCGGCCGUCCGUCGCCGCGGUGACCGUCCUCGGAGUCCGCCGGCUCGCGCCCCGCCCCCGUUUUGCUGCCCCCUCCCCUGUGGCGCGCAGGGGGUGUUUCUCGCUCCUCCCGAGUUGCGGCCGCCGCCGGUGCCGCUGCUCCUCCUCUCCCAGUCUUGGGUUUCCCAGGCACUGCUGCCGCCGCUACCUCUGCGGUCUGUAUAAGGAGGAGGAUGUGAAGAUGGCGGAGCUGCAGAUGCUGCUGGAGGAGGAAAUCCCGGGGGGCCGCCGGGCCCUCUUCGACAGUUACACGAAUCUGGAACGGGUGGCAGAUUACUGCGAGAACAACUACAUCCAGUCAGCAGAUAAGCAGCGAGCUCUAGAAGAAACCAAAGCCUACACCACCCAGUCCUUAGCAAGUGUUGCCUAUCUGAUAAAUACCUUGGCCAACAAUGUCCUACAGAUGCUGGAUAUUCAGGCAUCCCAGCUACGAAGGAUGGAAUCUUCAAUCAAUCAUAUUUCACAAACCGUUGAUAUUCAUAAAGAGAAAGUUGCAAGAAGAGAGAUCGGUAUUUUGACCACCAAUAAAAACACUUCAAGGACACAUAAGAUUAUUGCUCCAGCCAAUCUUGAACGACCAGUUCGUUAUAUUAGAAAACCUAUUGACUAUACAAUUCUAGAUGAUAUUGGACAUGGAGUAAAGUGGUUGCUUAGAUUUAAGGUGAGUACCCAGAAUAUGAAGAUGGGUGGGCUGCCACGUACGACACCUCCAACUCAGAAACCCCCCAGCCCUCCCAUGUCAGGGAAAGGGACACUUGGGCGGCACUCCCCCUACCGCACACUGGAGCCAGUGCGUCCUCCAGUGGUACCAAAUGAUUACGUACCUAGCCCAACCCGUAAUAUGGCUCCCUCGCAGCAGAGCCCUGUGAGGACAGCUUCUGUGAAUCAGAGAAAUCGAACUUACAGCAGCAGUGGGAGUAGUGGAGGAAGCCACCCGAGUAGUCGGAGCAGCAGUCGGGAGAACAGUGGAAGUGGGAGUGUGGGAGUUCCCAUUGCUGUUCCUACUCCCUCUCCUCCCAGUGUCUUUCCAGCCCCUGCUGGCUCUGCUGGUACUCCUCCCCUUCCUGCUACUUCUGCAUCUGCCCCUGCCCCUCUUGUUCCUGCUACUGUCCCUUCCUCCACUGCCCCAGACGCUGCUGCUGGGGGGGCCCAGACCCUUGCUGAUGGCUUCACUUCUCCAACUCCCCCUGUUGUUUCUUCCACUCCCCCUACAGGUCAUCCUGUUCAGUUCUACAGCAUGAACAGACCUGCCUCUCGCCAUACUCCCCCAACAAUAGGGGGCUCAUUGCCCUAUAGACGCCCUCCUUCCAUAACUUCACAGACAAGCCUUCAGAAUCAGAUGAACGGAGGACCUUUUUAUAGCCAGAAUCCAGUAUCUCUUGCUCCUCCUCCUCCCUCCAUCCUACAGGUAACUCCUCAGUUACCUUUAAUGGGAUUUGUGGCCAGAGUCCAAGAAAAUAUUUCAGAUACACCACCUCCACCACCACCUGUGGAAGAACCAGUCUUUGAUGAGUCCCCCCCUCCACCUCCUCCCCCAGAAGAUUAUGAAGAGGAGGAAGCAGCUGUGGUUGAAUAUAGUGAUCCUUAUGCCGAAGAGGACCCACCGUGGGCUCCAAGGUCUUACUUGGAAAAGGUUGUGGCAAUUUAUGAUUAUACAAAAGACAAGGAAGAUGAGCUGUCCUUUCAGGAAGGAGCCAUUAUUUAUGUCAUCAAGAAGAAUGAUGAUGGUUGGUAUGAGGGAGUUAUGAAUGGAGUGACUGGGCUCUUUCCUGGGAAUUAUGUUGAGUCUAUCAUGCAUUAUUCUGAGUAAAGCUCAGCAGGGCUGUGUUUCCCUCACAGGAAUAGUCAGGUCUUCCCAGAUUAUCAAAAGGCCCUGGGGAUUCCCCUCCAGUGAAAUGAAGGAAGGAUACAAAUGACACAAACUACUUAUGUUUUUUUUGGUUUAUUCCCCAGUAUUAAAAAAGCAAGCUGAAUCUGAACUAAUGGAUCUUUCUGCCAUUAUUUGUACUACGCUGAGCUGUUUGGAUGAAAAUAGAGUGACCAUUUCUAAAUAUGUCAGAGGCAUAACAGCAUAUAACUCUGUAAAACAAAUCAGGUUAAGACUGAUUCAGAAAAUCUGGGAUCUUUCUCAGGAAUACUGUACACCCUAGGGAUUUCUCCUCCUGCAGAAUCAUGGCAUUGGAUGUUCUGCAGUGCCUGUGCUACGGGGUCAGCCUCGUGGCCCUAGUGCCGGACCCUAGCCCCACACUUUCUUCCACUUGUAUGAGGAGGAGCAAACUAGUAUUUAAAUAUCAUCCUUCACCAUUUUUAUAACUAUUUCGAUGGCUUAUUUCCUCUUAACCCUGUAAAUUCUGCAUUCUCUCAGCACUUGAGUGCACAAAUGAGUUAAUGCUGCUGACUUGCAUCCCUUCAUGUUUUUCAGUUUGUAGAUUGAGGAUGAUGAAAUGAGUCCCCAAACAUUCUGGGGGUGGUUCACAAUUGCUGGUUUGAUUUUGACAUGCUGCUGCAUGCGACUGCACUGCCACUGGUGGCUUGUGGGCCCAGACGUGUGGCCACCUGAAGUAGGCGUGUGAAGCUAGACGUGAGGUUCCUGAGGUUCUGGAGAGAAUGUUCUGCUCAUAGGCAUCCUAGACCACUGCUUUGGGCAGUUUCCAGGAGUAGAAUCUUGGAGGUCAGACCAGCUAUUUCUUUACUUCUUUCACUAUUUAGGAAAACAUUCUUUUUUGGAAAAGAGCAGUUAUUUUCAAGUCUCUUGACAGUCACUGGGAAUCAAAGGCUUGCUCCUGUGCUCCCUGAUUUUUAAUGGUCAGUGUCAGAUGCUGCUGAGUUUACUCAUUUAGUUCUAGGAAAGGUAAACACUCUCCCAAUUUUGUGAUUGGCUUUUGAAGUUGCUGCUCUUGGUAAGAAUUUGAACCUUGUAUCUCAGACUAAGAAUAGUGGGAUAAGAGGGCCACAUACUCACCCAAUUACAUAGAUAAAAAUUAAGGUAACUUUGAGUGAAACAAUAACAAGUGUUUUUUCCUGUCUGUACAAGUUAUAGCUUCACAUUCAGUGGAGUCUGUAAGGCAGUUGGCUUUUUUAAUCAUCACUUCUUUAAUCAGUGUAAGAAAUACUGGAAAAGUCCAGGAGGGGUUGCUGUUCAGCAGCUGGAUACUGUGGUGAGGACCCAGCUCACAGGCCCAGAGCUGCCAUGGGUUUGUCCUCGUCCCAGGGACUUCGCCAGGUAAUUUCCCGGUGCUGGGUCAAAAGGGGCGAGGCGAUCACUACAUUUAUUUCAAAUGAAGGCCUUGCAUAGGAGAGUGUAGGUAGAGGAAUUUGACUGAAAAAUGAACAGGUGCACUAGCGUACGAGGGAAUUCAGAUGGUGUAAGCAGAAGUUAAUAUUCCACUUGUAGAUCUGUUUUCUGAGCACAAAACUCCAUCACCAUUUAACAGACCCAGAUACAGAGUUCCCUUAUCAAGACUUUUUGUUUUAAAGUUACAAGGGUUUUCCCCCACACAUUGCAAGUUAGUUGUUUUGCUUUUAGAUUUAACAUUUUGAAUUUAGUGUUAACUUGCCUCCACUUCUUGCUUUUGUUAGGUCAUCUUGACAUUCUUUAUGCCCUGUUUUCCUUUAAAGUAAUGGCCCUGAGUGUCCUCUGAGCCUUCAGGUUCAUUAUGAACCAAGACACUCUACCUGGAUAGGUUAAACUCUUCUUAGUGUUGGUGUAUAACUAGGAAAACUGUUUUGAAAUUUAGAUGUGUUCCAGUUUUUACUUAAAUAGCUUUGUGCUGAGAAACCUUAGUGGAUUUUUAAGGCAAGAGGGUAUUUUGAAAUCCUAUAAAGUAUUCAGAGCUCAGACCUACGGAAGCAGAGAUGAUAAUUGUGCAAAGAAGUUGGUGGUGGUCAGCUUGCCUUUUGGACCCCUGCUGGACUGUGGCGUGUAGAAGACCUGAAGCAGAGGGGCUCCAUGGGUCAGCUGACUUUUUCUAUAUUAUUUAGUACUGAUGUAUACAGUUGUUUUAAAAACACCUGUUGGAUUUUCUGCAUAUUUUAAAUUUUUGUACAGUUUUGAAUUCUAUAUAUUGUCUUGGAAGGAUGCUAUGUAAUGAUGAUGGGCCAGCCCUACAGUAAUUGGAGACUUUUAAUGUAUGUAAUAUUUCAUAGAUUGCAUGCUAUUAAUAGUCUGUGAAGGUAGUAGUUCUUGAUUUAUCGUAAGUUCCCCCCCGUUUAUCUUUUUAUGAACUACAGGAUGGUAGUAGGAAUUCCAAAUGAAUGCAGAAAUCUUACAGGAUACAUAAUAUUGUGGAAAAGAUGAUCCAAGUCUAAAAUCUGCUGACUUGUAAGCAACCAUUUUAACAGGAUAGAGGGAAUCUAAUGGGAGAAGGGAUUGUUUUUUCCUUCUGAAGUGCUGCUUUUCCUUAAAAAAAUAAAAGUGACUUAGUUACCCCCCUCCUUUUGGUACUACUAUUUGAAAGGCCAUGGGGAGAUGAAUGAAAAUACACUUUCUUAUUGACCUUAUGGCCGAGGCAAUAAAUCAAAAACCAAAAUAGUGUCAAGAUCUAGACCUGAGAGACUCAGCCUGCGGUAUUGGAGUAAAUAUGAAUCUUUUAAGAUGUCUCAUUCAGUAUUCUCCAUUUUUUUGGCUACUUGCUUUCUAUUUCCCUCUGGGGCACCUGCUGUUCCCAUCUUAGGGUUGGCAAGGGCCUGCUUCUUUUGCUCUGUUCCUAGAAGUCACUAGGUGAGACAUUCUUAUCCCUCCCUUUCUUCCCCCUCCCCUCCUGCUGCUGCUGUUCCUUUCCCCUGCGAGACAGAAGGUUUAUGCAUCUUUACGGUGAUGUUGUGAUGGAGCUGUGCUCCCUAACAGUCUUUUUUCUGCUUUCGAGAGGCAUCAAAAUGAUGGCAGUUUGCUUUUAUCCUUUUGUGUUCAUUUUCUUUUAGCAGGUACUUUUCUGCAUUAAGCUGUUCCUUUAUUUUUUUUUUUAUUACGUUUUCUCCUCGGUGGAGAGAGCAUGACAUGUCCUGAAGGCCACCUUUCCCUUGGAAAAGGGUUUGAUGGAGGAAUUGGCAGGUGACUGCCAAGUCUUCGAAAAGAAUGGGGAUCUGAAUCACUUCCCAUCUGUUCACUUCUGAACUUCUUUGGCCAGAAACUCCUGACUGGUGUUAAGGUGAUGAUUUCCCUCACAUGAUAUUUACUUAGAAUCAUAGAAUUUUAGAGCUACAUGAGAUUUAAAAAAAUUUUAGUUCAUUUUCAUUUUAACUGAUGAGGUUAGAGGUUUCAUUUCAGGUAACAGCUAAUUAACAACAGAAUUCCUGACUCAACACCUGUAUUCUUUCUACAGCUGUCUUAAUAUGCUGUAGGUUUCUUUUAAAAUUAUGAGUGUUGCUUGAUGUCUUCAGGAGGAUACUUGAAAAGAUAGGCUGUUUCGAUAAAUAGCAUCAGUAUUCAAACUGUUUAAAGGAGUGCACUAAGCACAACUUAAUUAGUGAAUAUAAUCUUCAUGUUAACCCUUCACUACACUCAGUACUAUGUAGCAAAAAUAGGUCACCUGAUUUCAGCACUGGCAGGAGCACAGCAAACAGCCUUAUUUGAGAGCGCCUUAUAAAAUAGUUCUUAAACAGAGGCAUUGUGCUCAUAACCUUAUGUUUACUUUAUGCCUGUUUCUUGAGAAUUUCAUAAUUCUUAAAAAGAAUUCACAAGUAAAACGAUAGGGCCUAGCUGUGUAUAAAUGAUCCUUGAGAUUUUUUUUGUAAAAAACACAAAAACAAAAAGCUUAUUUUCACAUUACAAUGGGAAUGUCUUUUGCAACUUCAGAAUUCUAUGGAAAAGCAGUUUUUCAUAUUUUGUGUCCGUGCAUCUUUUUUCUUAAAAUGGUUUACAAAAAAGAAUGUUAAACAAACAACUUGUGAUCUGGCCAGUUGUAUUUUUAAGCUCCUGCAGGGAGGAUUGGUGUCCUGAGUUGAACAGAAAUCAAUCAUGCAGGAAAACUUGAGGGAGCAAGUCUGUUGCCAGUAAUGUUUCUUGUGUGUGCCAUUAAGCCACCUCCAGCUGAGUGGGGGAAUAUUCACUUUUUAAUUUCAAAAUUGUAUUUGAAAUUGUUGCUGUGUACUAAGAACUUGACCUAAAUAAAAUUCUACAAAGUAUGAAAAGUCCAAAUGUCUUGUGAC